CGCGCAAACCAUGUCCGUGCUUCUUGAAACGUCACUCGGUGACAUUACCAUUGAUCUCUUGGUGGAUGACGCGCCGAGAUGCUCUGAAAACUUUCUCAAGCUAUGCAAAUUAAAGUACUACAACUUCUCGCCCGUGCAUAGCGUCCAACCCAACUUCUCCUUCCAGACCGGCGAUCCUAUUGGCCCUGGAUCCCAGGACAGCGAUGGCGGCCGCUCAAUAUGGGGCUUGCUCGACCCCGCAAAUCCAGGGAAGAAGAACUUUGUGCCAGAGUUGAAGCACAACCUGAAGCAUGCGGAGAUGGGCACCGUCAGCAUGGCCACAGCGCCAAACCCAGACAACCCAGACGAACGAUUUGCAGGCAGCCAAUUCAUCAUCACACUCGGCCCAAACAUCGAUUUCCUGGACGGCAAGGCUGCUAUAUUCGGCACGGUUGUCGAGGGCUUCGACGCGCUCGAGAAGAUCAACACAGCAUACGUCAACGACAAGGGCCAGCCACUCAAAGACAUCCGCAUACUGCACACCGUUGUGCUCGACGACCCCUACGAUGAUCCUGCUGGCCUCGUAGAACCACCAGAGAGCCCGGUCCCCUCCGCCGCACAGCUUGCAACAGUACGUGUUGCCUACGAUGAGAACCUCGAGGAGGAGAACGACCCAGAAGCGCUUGAGAAGAUUCGAAGGGAACGUGAAGCGCGCGCACAAGCUCUGACUCUCGAGAUGGUCGGUGACCUGCCCUUUGCUGAAGUUGCACCACCUGAGAACGUACUAUUCGUCUGCAAGCUCAACCCCGUCACACAGGACGAAGACUUGGAGCUCAUCUUCUCACGUUUCGGCAAGAUCAUAAGCUGCGAAGUUAUAAGGGAUAAGCGCACUGGCGACAGCCUACAAUACGCCUUCAUCGAGUAUUCGAACCAGAAGGAGUGCGAACAGGCCUACUUCAAGAUGGACGGCGUUUUGAUCGACGACCACCGCAUUCAUGUCGACUUCUCCCAGAGUGUUUCAAAAAUUGCAGACGAUUGGCGCGACCUCACCAACAAGAAACGGAGAAGGGCAGCGGGUGGCUUCGGCGGCAUCGAUAACCUGGAGAAGAAGACACAAUAUCGUGGCAAAAGAGGACGCGAGAUCGUCUCGGACUCCGUCGUCAACAACCUGGUAGUCGACCGCGAUCCAGCACCAGAGUCGAAGCCACGGGAUGACAGAGACAAGAGACGAGACGGUGCACAGCGGCGGGAGCGAAGAGAAGAGUACCACGACGACCGGUACAAGCGGGAUCGCAGUCGCAGUCCACGUCGCGACCGUCGAGACCGUGAUGAUGGACGAUAUGGACCCAAACGACAAGAACGCAGCCGCAGCCCACGGCGUCGCGAUGAUCGAAAGGAUCGCAGUCGAGACAGGCACAGGAGGGACGACAGAGACAGGAGGCGUUAG